UUCAGCUUCGUUCCAGCUCGUAUAAUCUAUUACACAAUACUCCGAAACUGAUUCACUAAAAGUAAACAUUCGAGUCACACAAUCUACUUCGAAACACUCUCAUACCCAAAUACAACGCUAUCUAUGGAGCAACGAAGGGUUCUGUCAUUCCCUUCCGGGACAUAUCAGGAUAUCAACAACUUACCAGUGUCUCACGAAACAUAUCCAUGUGACCCUCACAACCCGAUGACACCAGAGCAACGUCAGGGCUCGUUCCAGGAGGAUCUCGCUUUCCACAGCUCAGCGAUCCAUGACUAUUCCAACACCCCAGUCACGAGAGUAGACAUCCUUGAUCCAUGGCUACUAAAUGUGCCUCCUUGCGGCAGCCCAUUAUCUACAGGCUCUUCAAUCAGCACCUCGGAGAGCGUUUCAACUCCACCUUGUACUGGACAAUUUCCGCAAAGUCAGUACACCCUCCUUGAACAGCCAUUACCGCAUGCUUUGGGUCAUUUACCAAGCAAUAUGGGCUGGAUAGAGAAUACCGAGAAUGGCUGGCAUCGACACUGUCCCGAAGGUGAUGUUUGGAGCGUACAAACUUCUCUACCUUCUUGGGGUGAGGGCGAAUACACAAGCCAUCCACUGCCUACUAUGGAGCCAUGCUUCCAACCCGUCAGCCAUGACAUAACACAGUCAUUCUCGUACCCGACACGAGACAAUUACCCCAAUGUUCCAGUCGCUGAUUCUGCGCCUCUCAAAGAUGCAGCCAGCGUGGUGGAAGACACCAGUGACGAGAGCGAUUCUGAUUCAGACGAUUCGGACUACAAAGAAAAUGACUCCAGCCGUUCCACCUCAAGCUCCAAGCACAAAGGCGCGAGGACAGUGUCCCCGGUCCUCAAACUCGGCAGAUGGUCCGUGAACACUGACCCCUUCAGCCAACUGGAGCAACGCAACUACAUCUGCCCCUUCACUACUCAGCCAGAUGCCCGCGGACGUAUCUGUGAUACGAGGUUCGUGCGCCCAGAGCAUCUGCGUCGCCACGUCAAGACAGUGCAUGGCGACGAAAGAGACUGCAGGUGCAAAGUUCCUCAGUGCAAUAGGGCUUUCUCGAGGGGCGACAAUUUGAGGGAUCAUUAUUGGACGCAUGUGAGUCGUGGGGGAAGGGCGGGCAGGAAUAUCAAGAUGAACCUUGCAGAAUUGAAGGCUAUCCUCGGGCCGAAAGAGAAGAAGUUGAUAAGGAGAUUGAGGGUGAAGUUGCACAGGCAGCAUGUGGGGCGCCCUAAACUCUAAACCUGCAACAUUGCGUCGGGGAGGUCUGCACUGGUGUUUAACUCUCUUGGUUUUGUUAUGGGACACAUGGAGUUAGGGGGGCUUGCCUGUUUGCAUGCACUUUGUGUGUGGUUUCAUUUUCUCGUAGGGGUAAGAUGUACGCUCAGUAUGUUUGCGAAACCGUCACAUUGUUCAUCUCCAUAUAUACUAAGAGUUCUCUCAUUGACCUUUCUGAGAGCUACAUACGCAAACACAUUAUAUAGCUGAAUAGAAAUCUACCAGG